CGUUUCUCGAUCACAUCAGCAAACAUUCUAAUUUCAAUUCGAGAAAAUCCACAAAACACUGUCGAAGAAAUGGAUUUGAGGUUGAUGGGUUUCGAUCACCCGCUCUUCCACCACAUCAUGGACUUCGCCGGCGACGACAAGUCAUCCAACAGCAGCGGGCCUUCGCAGACGUUUAUGCUGGACGCCAAGGCCAUGGCAGCGACCCCGGCGGACGUGAAGGAGUACCCGAACUCGUACGUGUUCAUCAUAGACAUGCCGGGGCUGAAGUCCGGCGACAUCAAGGUGCAGAUCGACGGCGACAACGUGUUGAGUAUUAGCGGGGAGCGGAAGCGUGAGGCGGAGGAGAAGGAGGGGGCGAAGUAUGUGAGGAUGGAGAGGAGGGUGGGGAAGUUAAUGAGGAAGUUUGUGCUGCCGGAAAAUGCGAAUACGGAGAAGAUCACGGCGGUUUGCCAGGAUGGGGUGUUGACGGUGACGGUGGAGAAGCUGCCGCCGCCGGAGCCGAAGAAGCCAAGGACCAUUGAGGUCAAAAUUGCUUGAGAUGAACAUGAGUGCUCUGUUUUUCUUGCGUGAUUAAUAAUCAUUUUGUAGGGAUGGGAGCAUUACUUUUUGUUUUGUGUGAGGUAAUAUGAUGCAGAAUUUAUGUUGAAGGAGUUUCUGAAUAACAAUUUGUU